AUGCCUGUCGACGUCCAUGGGAGAGUCGUCGCAUCGUCGCCGUCGACAAGGCCUCGGCUGUGGUUGUUGGGCGUGGAUGGAGCCGUGACGGGUGGAGAUGGGCAGGACCUUGCCAGCGACUACGUGAAGGGGCGGGCCCAGGCUGGGGCGGAUGCUGGUGUAGAUGCUGAGGAUGGAGCUGGUGCCGCUGCUGCUGGGUUUCGUGGUGGAUGUGCUGGGCCAGCACCAGGACCGGGACCAGCACCGGCACCAGAACCGCGAGCCACGGGCAGCACCAGCACCAGCACCAGCACCAGCACCAGCUUCGGCUCCAGCACCAGCGCCAGCACCAGCUCCCGCUCCCCAAGUAGUGGCAGCUCGGGUGGUCGUACAGGCCCUGCAGCGAGUCGCUCUCUGACCGACUCCAGCUACUGCACCUCACCCACUGCUGCAGCUCGCACAGCCAAUGCCACUGCCACCCCCCAACAACACGUCACAAGCGAGGACCCCGUCCAGCAACUCCGCCAGCACCACCAGCACAACAACAUCAGCACCCCUGAUAUUAAUCCCUCGCAUCCGUUCUAUCGUCCGCUGUCGCCACGCGCUCCCGACGCCUCCACGGCCACUACCCCCGUUGCCAGCGUCGUGACCACAGCCACAAAACGCUCGCUGCGAAAGAUCUCGCCCCGGCUGCUCGAGAGACUCCAUCUGCUCAGCGCGCUCAAACGCACGGCUGCUUCCGCAAACGUUAGGGACGCCGCCGACGCCGUUUCCGACCGGACGCCCGCCCCUGGACGAAUACCGGACGCUCAGCUGCAACUGCUCGAGAGCUUGCACCACCAAAACAGGAACAUCGUCGUGAGCAAGAGAGGGACGCCUUGGUCUGGCAGGCAACCAUCGUCUCCGCAACCACUGAAACCACCACAGCACGGCAGAAGCAGCAAUACCGAUACCACCGCGUCGACUUCCUCGCCUCGCUCGGCGUCGUCGGCCCCGCGGUUGGAACUGAACCUGGAGCCCGCCCUGGGCGGCGCAGCGUUCUCAAUGGCGGCCAUGGUGCAUGAGAGCGAUGCUUCGUCAAUCGUCAGCAUCAGCGACAGGCUGGUGCCGUCCGACUCGGAGCCGGAGCCGGACCCGCACGCGGACACGCAAAAGUACAGACUGCCAGAGCUGGGCAAGUCUCGAGGCACGUCGCGGAACGGUGUCGUCGUGCUCGAGGACGACGUCCAACCUCCAACGCCUCCACCAAAGGAUCUGCCUUUUGCGCAAGACAGUCCCACGAAGGAGGACAACUAUCCAUACUUCAACCCAGGCAACCUAUCGCGCACGGCAUCAAUAUACACGUUGUCAAGGGCGUCAUUUUCAAACCAAAUCUCCCAGCUUACUUCGAUCAAGCUGCCCGCCGCGGCCUCGCUGGCGUCAAGCAUAGCAGCCAUACCGACCUCUUCCGCUGCGGCUCGAGCGCUGAACGAUGCCUCCGGUCAGAUACGAAUAUGGAUGACGAAGGUCACGGAAGUGCUGGAGGGUCUGGACGCUGAGGACGAUAUCGAAUGGGCGGCUGCGGGCGGCCGGGAUGGCCUGGGCGACGUCGAUGCAGCUAUCAGCCGGUUCGAGGGGCUGAUCGACGUGUACGUCAGCGCAAUCGAGCAGCUCGAGACGCGAGACGACAUUGCCAGCCUUGGCGCGGAAGAACUGCAAGGCGUCGUGGACAGGAUGGAGAGAAUAUUGAAGGACUGGAAGGACAUCAAAGACGUGCUGAAGGGCGUGAAAGAACAAGUCGAGCUGGCGAUGGAGUGGGAAGAACUGUGGAACACGGUGCUCGGAGAGAUUGGACAGGAGAUGGAGGCGCUCAGCAGACUGAUUUUCGAGAUGGAGGAGAGGAGACAUCGAGGCAUCCUGGACGCCAUGGCGGAGCCGGGAAAAGUCCUUGACAUCAACGAGCUGGAGACCAUUGUCGAAGAAGCGCCCUCGAGAAGCGCAAGCGCCGCAGCCAGCACAUCCCGCUUCAAGGGAGAUGCGGCAGUAGCAGCAUCGUCGCCACAACCUCAGCAGAGCGACGAAGACAAGAAUUUGGUCAGCCUCUUCGCCCGGAUGCAGCCCUUGCGUGCUUCGCUUGACUUUUUCCCCAUGCGACUGAGUGCGUUUGUGCAGAGGGCGCGUAAGACAUUCCCGACCGGAUGCGAGGAGCUGGAGAAGCGAGUCGAGUUUCUGGAGGCAAAGUACCAGAAGAUCGACGCAGACGCAGAAUCAUUGCGCAAGGAAUUGGGAGAGGAUAGGUGGGUCAUCAUCUUCCGCAAGGCGAGCGAGAAGGCGCUCAAGAUGUGUGAGUCGGUGGAUAGGAGCAUCUUGAAGCUGCGAGAAGCUCUCGAGGAAGGCGUUCAGCACACGAACCCGGCAGCUCUGGCGAAGAAGCUGGAGAGCUAUGAGGCGAAGAAAGAGCACUAUGGCCCAGCCAUCCAGCAGGUGCUCGGAAUCAUUGACAAGGGCGUGCAGACGCGGCUGACGGUCAACGGCGAGAUCCUUAGGCUGCAGGCCGACAUGAAGAGACGCUGGACAGAGCUCGAAGCGAAUAUCAAAGGCAUGGACUUUGCCAUCGAGCAGCUGCAGGUCAGCAAGCUUCACCACCAACUCAGGGAUUCAAUCUCGACGAUUCUAUCAGAGCAGCGUUCUGUCACAAGCAGCAUGGUCGACACGCCCGGAAGCUCGCCUGCUUCUUCGGUUGUCUUACUAAGCCGGCAAAGCAGCGACCAAGGCGUGUCAACCCCGUACGCGAAGUCGAGGACUGGUAGUUUUGCAAGCAGCACGACCGCGAGAACGACCGCUGGGAAGCGCCUUUCAAGUCUGCCGACAUCGCUUACCAGCAGCACGAGUGGUAUACCGCGGAAGACACCUCUGUCAAGAUCGAGCGUCGCGGAUCUAAGGCCUGGUGUAGGCGUCUCGUCCAGACUCUACUCAACGCCCACACCAGCACGGAGCUUUUCUCGAGCCGACUCGCGAGCCGACUCACGCGCCGAAACAAAUAAGCCGACCAAGCCAAGGUGGAACUCAUCCACGAACCUGAAUGACACACCGAUAGGACACAACUUUAAGCCGCUUUCAGCAACCACGCCUUCGCCGUAUAGGAAGGUGCCUCCAGCCGUCGCUUCGCCGCGCACGGCGUCGAGUAGCCACCACGGCUCGCCACUUGGACCCAACAGCAGCGCGUCCGGUCUCCGACCGCCGUCUGUAAUAGGUCGGCGUCCUCCUUCUGCAAUCGCGACGAGCAGAACCCCUUCGGCGUCUUCGAGUACGGCGCCUAAACUGCGCACUCAGCAAUCCACACCCUCUCUGCCGUCUAAGACCGGAACUGCCCCGUUGUCACACCCACCACCAUCGUCGCAACGUACAACGUCACACCUCCCGCGGGCGUCGAUCUACUCGAUUCCGGGUACACCAACGUCGAACUAUGCGCCCUCCACGACAUCAACGUCCUCGACGGCAACAAUUGUUAAUCACAGUCGCAAAACGAGCACGGCCAUGUCCCAGCGUGAUGACACAGAUGCUGACAUUGAAGCAAGCCCUACGGCUAAGCGGUCGACCACUACCACCAGGCCAGGCACGUCGCAGGCAGGAAGACGCGCUAGCAUGCUACCCCAGCCGAAGCGGGUGAGCAGCGACGUAACGGCUGCCACAGCUGCCGCGACAGCAGCGAUGAACGGGCGCACGAGCAGGGCCGGCUUGGGCAAACGCGCGAGCAUGGCAUUUGGUACCAGCACGGGAACCACAGAUGAGAGGCCGCGCUGGCGCAAUUGAGCACAUGUCUUGUGCUUUAUAUACUCCCCUACGUGGGCGACAACGACGAUGACAUUAGUGCUUGAUUGUCAUCUAUACGUCAAUCAGCUAAUCAAAUCACUGCUUGUAUUCUGCUUGCCAUGAACUCAAAAUGCGAGAGGAGAGAAAAUGAAAAGUUCAUGAGCAAUAUCAACACGUUUUCUCCUUUUCUCCUAGCUUCGCGCAGGUAUCGUUUUUCUCCCUUUAAAGAUGAACCUGAAGCACGGUGUUUAAUGGUCUUUGAGUGAUCGGGUUUUCCUUUUCUUGUCAUCUGCACAAUGUCGACAUGGAGCGGAGUGCAAGGCUAUGUAUCCGGGAGCUUUGUCUUUGAAGAAUGACACAUGCGUGCAUUUUUCUAUCCCACCAUCUACGUGGGAAGGGGGAGGCGGCUUUAUUAUGUGAAACCAAUACUGCUCUUUUUUUCUUGGAAAAGCAUGAUAUCCCCCAAAACAGUCUUUUAGAUACCAACUAUAGCGUCCAAUUUUAGUCCUUCGUCUUGCUCGCCUCCUGGCUUUGAUUUGCAAGUUUCAGUGCUUGAUACAUCUCAAAGCAUGAGCUAUGACUUUGGGGUACUACCUCUUCUG